AUGUCUGAGCUGAUUGUUGAAAUGCCUAAGAAAUGGCAGCUUUAUGACAGAGUGAGGGGUGUGGCCCUCUCUAAAGAUCGUUUUCAGUUUAUCUUCAAACAUGAACACAAUCUUCUUGAUGUUCUCAACAGAGGCGUUCACACCUUCCAUCUAUGGCCAAUUGUAUUAAAGAGAUGGGUAGAAAAACCUCCAGAGGACUAUCUUCAACAUUUUAUGGUGUGGGUCCAAAUGAGAAACAUCCCAAUCAACCAUUAUACCAAGAAAGCUCUAUGGUCUCUGGGGGAUUUCGCUGGUCAGGUGGUUGAAGUGGCUUUUGAUCCAGAUAAGCCGUAA